GCACGCGUUUGCCAUUUCGAUUGGAAAAUAAACAAACUGCAUCGGAGCAACAAGUGCCGGGAAAAUGGGAGUUCGCGGCCUAACCAGUUACAUAGCACAGCGUGCGGAGAUCUACCUGAAGCCCUAUGAACUCCACUCCACGGCCCUGGUCAUCGAUGGCGACAAUCUGUCCUGCAAUCUCUACAAGGACGUGACCGGGAGCUACUCCGCUUUUGGCGGAGAUUACGACGACUUUUACCGGGCUGUGGUGCAGUUUUUCCAGGUCCUGGCCGAGUGCAACAUACGACCGUAUGUCCUCAUGGAUGGGGGCUACGAGGAGCGCAAGCUGCGGACCGUGAGCACCCGUUUGAGGGGCAAGAUAUCUGUGAUCAAGAAGAUCAAUCCGAAUGCCUCCAUCACUCUGUUUCCCCUGCAUCUGAAAGAGGUCUUUGUGGAUGCCGUUCGGGAUUGUGGAGUCCCAGUGAUGCGGUGCGUCUUCGAGGCGGACGAUGAGCUGGCUGCUUUGGCCAGGAAACUCAAUUGUCCAGUGCUCUCCUACGACUCGGAUUUCUACAUUCACAAUGUCAAGUAUAUUCCGCUGAUUACGCUGACUGUAAAGGUGCUCACCAAACAGGUGAAGGACAAACAGAAGGACUCACGCGAUCUGCGGCGCAACGAAGCCAAGAAUGUGGAAAAGCGCACCAAGGCGAACAAGAUUGUAACUGGCAUACAAAACUCCGAGCAGAGAGCAUCCCCAAAAGGCAGUACCAAGACCUACAAGUACCUGGACUGCUGCAUCUAUCGGGUGUCCCAUCUCUGCGGACGCAGCACUUUGAGUCCCGAGAAGCUCCCACUUUUUGCCGCCCUCCUGGGCAACGAUUACAUUGCCCGCGGCGCCUUCAAGAACUUCUUUGCCGCCGGAAUGGGCAAAGCUGGACGGAGUCGCAAGCUGAAGAUUCAGCAGAAACGAAUACAGGUCAUCCUCACCUGGCUGAAGGAAGAAACGGCCGAGUCUGCGCUGGCCAAAGUGCUGUCCAGGCUGAAAAAGAACCAGCGGGAUUCUCUAGUUUCCCAGGUCAAUUCCGCCAUUUCUGGCUACUCCAAUGAGUUGUGCCAUGCCUAUGAUUUCUUUGAAGAGCAGUACAUUAAUGCUUUUCCUUAUAUAGAACCCGCCAGUGAAGAGGAAUUAAGUGAUGAUGAAGAGUUGGAUGAAAAUAGAUCAGAAGGUGAAGAAGUCGAGGGUCAGGAGGAGGCUGAAAAUCAAGAGGAGGAGGAACAGGAAGAGGAUCCGGAAGCCGAGUCAGCUGAAGAAGAGGAAAUAGAUGAAGUAGAAGUUGAGGACAAAACCCUGCUCUUUCCACAAUGGUUUCUGGACAAACUAUACCCCGCUCACCUCUCCCGCUACUUUGUGGACCUCAUGCACCUGCGCAAAUACAUCAACAACCCACAGAUCGAGCACUUUCCCUUCCACGACUCCAAUGAACUGGCCCUGCCCAUCCUAAACUACGUGUUCUCUUUACUGCAUCACGUGGAUGGUGCGAAAACGGAGCCACAAUUUGAUGAGGAAGGUUCUCCAAUUCCUAUAGAGUAUACCUACCUCACCAGAGUUCUUCGAGUGACCAAUGUGAAGUAUAUUAAGAUGCCCAUCGAGAAGGAACCUGCUUAUGCGUUUGAUCCAUCUUCUCCGGAUGCCAGACAUCUGAGGGCUGUUUUUGAAGCCAAUGUUCCGCAUGCGGAUACGGAAAAGUUGUUCAGCAAGCUGGAUGAACUGCCGGAGGAUUUGCGGCUGUACUUCCUGGCCAUUAUCUACUGGUUACAUCGCUCGGAACACUGUGAUCUGUUGCAUCUUCACUCGCUCAUACUCAGUUUGCUUGUGCUGCGAACCAUAGAUAUGAAAAUACCGGCUGAAAGGGAGGUAAAAGCCUUCCGCAAGAGAUUUGGGAAGACACUGAAGGCAGAAAGAGCAGUGAGGGAUAAAGAAUCAGCCGAGGGAGUUAAGCGCGGCAUUAAACCAGCUCUUCUAGAGCUUUCAAUACCAGAUAGAAUGGAACAUGUACCGAAAUCCGAUUGCUAUUUGACCCAAGAACGUCUGCUGCCGCAUUUUCACAUGCAGGAGAUCUUCAAGAAGAAGUUUGAUUUGUAUUCAUCAACGGUUAUCCACGCAUUUGCUGAAUUUCAGGCUGUGGUCUAUCAGCUAAAUGGACUCAACUCACUUCUGGACUUUCCGCUCUUAAGUCCUAGAAUGAAUCAACUUUAUUGCGGUGCUUUUAUCUACAAUAUGUACGAUCUUCUGAGAAAUCGCGCGGAUAUCCGCUACCAUGUAGAGAACUUCCUUCUGCCCGACUCCAAGAUUAUGUUUGAUUUCUAUUGCUAUUUGUACGACUGGUGUGCGGAGUUUAUUCCGCAUUGGAAGCGAUUGCAGGUGGACCAGACGGCGGUAAAGGCACAGCAAAAGAAGCGAUUGAAGAAGCAACGUCAGGCGACCAGGAAAGCGGAGGCAAAGGAGUCCAAUGCGGAUCCCAAUGCGGAAAUGGUCAAGGAGGCUGAUCCCGAAGAUGACUUCUUCGAUUUGAAUAACAAAUUCUGCGCGCUCAAAGUAGCGUAG